GCCUCACGGAGAGCGGGUGGAAGGACGAGAUCAGCCGGAUGGGUUUGGGUGCAAACGUGCAUUGGAUUUGUUUGCUUCCUUCUUUCAGAAAGCCUCACUCCGGCCGUUCGGGCUAGGAGAUUUGAAACGCGAGACUGUCCCUGUUUUCCGGUUCUCUCCGCAGUCUUCCAGAAAGCGAGGAAAGACGGGAAGCGCGUGCGCUGGUGGCGGGCCCCGCCGCGACGCCGUGAUCUUGGGCUCGCGCCAGGCGCCUCUGGGCGGGAUCGUUCGCUUGUCACUUUCGCCGCAGCCUUGUUUAAUAGAAGUGGGAGCUGGUGUAUUGAAAGGCCCUAAAGCUGUCGGAGAUGUCUCGUUUGUAGACACGUAUACUCACGUGGAGCGGAGAAGGACUUAAAUAUUGGAGUAGAGAGAGGGAAGUAGAAUUUUAAGGGAUUUCUGUAUUUCCGAAACUGAGCUUUGACCACUUUCCCAACGCCAGCAGCGACAGAUUCGUGAUUGUAUCUCGCCGUUCUGGGCUUCAGUAUGUACUUCUCUUCUUGGUUAAGUCAGCUGUGCAGGGCCUUAUCCAGACCCAUCGGAAGGACCUCCCAGCCCAUCUGGGUUUCUCUCUGCAGAAACGUGGUGCUGAGUUCACAGAGGAAAAUUCCAGAAUUCAGUAGCUUUGUUUCCCGGACCAACACAUGUGGAGAAUUGCGGCCUUCUCACUUGGGUCAAGAAGUCACCUUGUGCGGAUGGAUUCAAUACCGAAGGCAGAACAUCUUCUUGGUCCUGCGAGAUUGCCAUGGACUUGUUCAAGUUGUCAUUCCUCAGGAUGAGUCAGCUGCCUCUGUGAAGAAGGUUUUAUGUGAAGCCCCUCUGGAAUCUGUGGUGCGCAUUUCCGGGACAGUCAUCUCCCGUCCUCCAGGACAAGAAAACCCAAAAAUGCCCACAGGAGCGAUCGAAAUCCAAGUUAAAACAGCGGAGCUUCUGAACUCCUGCAGGAAGCUGCCCUUUGAAAUUAAAGACUUCGUGAAGAAAACAGAGGCUCUGCGUUUGCAGUAUCGGUACCUGGACUUGCGGAGUGUCCAAAUGCAGCACAACCUGCGCGUCAGGUCCCAGAUGGUCAUGAAGAUGCGGGAGUAUCUUUGCAAUCUGCACGGGUUUGUGGAUGUAGAAACCCCAACAUUAUUUAAGAGGACCCCAGGGGGCGCCAAAGAGUUUUUAGUACCAUCCAGGGAACCCGGGAAGUUUUAUUCUCUCCCUCAGAGUCCUCAACAGUUUAAGCAGCUUCUGAUGAUUGGCGGUUUAGACAGAUAUUUUCAGGUUGCCCGAUGUUACCGAGAUGAGGGUUCGAGACCUGAUAGGCAGCCUGAGUUUACUCAGAUUGACAUAGAGAUGUCUUUUGUAGACAAGACUGGGAUCCAGAGUUUAACUGAGGGUUUGCUCCAGUAUUCCUGGCCCAGUGACAAAGAUCCUGUGGUGAUUCCUUUUCCUUCCAUGACUUUUGCUGAAGCGCUGGCCACGUAUGGAACUGAUAAACCCGACACUCGCUUCGAGAUGAAGAUUACAGAUAUCAGUGAUGUGUUCAGAAACACAAAGAGUGAAUUUCUCCAGAACGCACUUCGUGAGCCCCAAGGAACCGUGAAAGCCAUAUGUGUCCGCGAAGGAGCAAAGUACUUAAAAAGGAAGGAUAUUGAGUCCAUUAGAAAAUGUGCAACUGACCAUUUUAAUCAGGAAGUCUUACCUGUAUUCCUGAAAGCCGGCAGUAACUGGAAUUCAGCCGUUGCCAAGUUCAUAGUGGAGGAGCAUAGACUGGAAUUAACCCGGAUCAUGGAGCUGCGGGAGGACGACGUGGUCUUGCUGGCUGCUGGCGAGCACGAGAAAGCAUGCUCUUUGUUGGGGAAAUUACGGCUGAAAUGUGCUGACCUUCUGGAAGGGCGAGGAGUGGUGCUUCGUGACCCUGCCCAGUUCUCCUUCCUUUGGGUGGUGGAUUUCCCACUCUUCUUUCCCAAGGAGGACAACCCCAAAGAACUGGAAUCAGCCCACCACCCAUUCACUGCUCCUCACCCCAGUGACAGUCACCUCCUCUACACUGAGCCUGAAAAGGUUCGUAGCCAACACUAUGACUUGGUUUUAAAUGGCAAUGAGAUAGGAGGUGGUUCUAUUCGAAUCCACAAUGCAGAGCUACAGCGUUACGUCCUGUCAACAUUACUAAAGGAAGAUGUGACAUUGCUCUCCCAUCUGCUCCAGGCUUUAGAUCAUGGGGCACCCCCUCAUGGAGGAAUUGCUUUAGGGUUGGACAGACUGAUGUGCCUUGUCACUGGAGCUCCAAGUAUCAGAGAUGUCAUUGCGUUCCCCAAAUCCUUCCGGGGACAUGAUCUUAUGAGCAAUGCCCCAGAUUCUGUCCCUGCUGAGGAACUGAAGCCCUAUCAUAUCCAAGUCUCCUGGCCAACAGACUCAGAAGCAGAAAAUUCUUUGAAUCAUUCACACCAUCCAGAAAGUUGAGCUUGAGUUUUGUCCUCUUUGCUUUGCCAGUGCUAGAAUCAGGUUCAGAUCUGCCAUCAAUCUGACAAUCAAGUCUUUAGAUGGAAGUAAUCCAGGCAAUAUUUUUCACAGUUAAAAAAAAGAAGAUACCUGGUUUUGAUUUGAGGGCUUUUAUUAAUUAUUGGUUGAGUUUUUUGAAGUUCCUUUUUACUUGGAGAUUGUAAAAGAUAGCUCUUUACUAGACUAAUGUAGUGGCUUAAUGUUUUCUAAUCAUGUAUUCCAUACCCAGAUUAUUCACAUAAGACAGAAAAUCAAAUCAUGAAGGAAAACGCUUGCUUCCGUAGAGAGCUGAUGGAGGGAAUGUUGUGGUUCAUCCAGCCUCGAGAGACUGAUAAAUUAAGCUUUAUGGUGACAGUUCAACUAUGAACACAAUGUAGUAAUAACAAUGCAGGAAACAGUGCUGAAGUAAGUCACAAAAAUCUUAUGCAGUGUUUCACUUUAAGAAAAUCACAUGAACCUCAGUGAGCCUCCCUUCCUACUUAUAUAAAAUGUAAACAGUACUUUCUGUGGCUACCUGUUAGGGCUCUUGCCAGAAUCAGAGGAGAUACUUAGCGAAAAUAACGUAAAUGAAAAUACUUUGAAAAACUGAAUCGCGGUUGGAGAUGUUAGCUCAGUGGUAGAUCACUUGCCUGCCAUGAAAGGCCGUGGGUUCCAUCCCCAGCAGCACACACGUACAUACAUACAUACACACACACACACACAAAGCGUUACACAAAUUCAACAUUAUCCAUAUGUAAACAGAUAAAAGAUAUCUAUAUAUUUUCUAGUUGCAGAGAACACAAAUUCAAUGUUAACCAUAAACAGAUUCAAGGAUGUCUAUAUUAUAUAGUUGAAGAGGAAACAAGCCUGUAACCAUAACUACCUAAGAGGCUAAACAAGGAGGAUUGCAAGUUCAAGCCCAGCCUGGACAACUUAAUGAGAUCCCAUCGCAAAAAAUAAAUAAAUAAAUA